UGUCUGUUACAGAAGACAAACAGGAACGACAGAAGUAUGACCACAGGAAGAGAGAAAACUUUACCCAAAGGAAAAUGUAUAGAUGGGAAAGAAAUGUACACUGACAGAAGUGGUUGGUGGAGAAACACUAUUAAGAAUUAUCCUAUUCCUGGCAGUUACCACAUUCGGGACUUCAUAGAGGAGACAGGACUUAACCCCAUACCUAGGACGUAUGGCUUCAAAGGCCCUGAGCGAAACACCCUCAUGUCGACCGUGCGUCGAGGGGACGUGUUGUUGCCCGGGGCAUAUAACUUCACUGAUUCAACCAAUGAGGCUCUGCGGCAUCAGGCAACUUACUCUUUCAAAAGCUGCCCUAGACCCGACAUCCACACUUUGGGCCUCAGAGAUAAGGAUAUUAACCUCUCACCCGGUCAUUAUGAUGUGACGGAGAAGCCUGUCCCCAAAUCACCUUGCAAACACAUGAUGUUCCGAUCUGCGGUGCAGAGGGUCAGCUUUCUCCCGAGGGAGGGACCAGCUCCUGGACAUUACAACCCAAGGCCAAGCAGAGGCAUUGCAGUCACUUCCUGCUUUAGGUCAACUGUUCCACGGCUGUACAGCGUACACUCGGGAACUCCAGGACCAGGUGUGUAUGAGCCCACAUGGCACAAAGGUCAACGGCUUAGAACUGAUGUCAAAGUGGACUGGGCCCAUGACCUCCUUUUUCGCAACAUACCAUGAGCUUCCUUUUGUCUUUGACCUUCCCAUAUGUAUUCCUUUUAGUGAAAUUUUCCAUUCUUUUGUAAGUAAAGUGUUCCCAGCUGGCAUGUGACUGACCCUCAGUGUUGAAAUAAUGAAGUAAAGCUGUUGUUUUUACAGUGAAAAACUUCUGAAUUGUUGUAAAAAAUCAUUACUGAAAGUUUAAGAAGAUACUGAAGUGAUAUUGAAACACUGUGAU